CCCCACUGCCACACUUGGACGAUGUCGAGUUGAAUGGAAUGGCGCUCUGAAAAUUGUGAUAAAAGCGACGACUCUUCUCCAGUUGCAAGAUGGCCUAUGUCAAAGUGCCUGCUCACGGAUGCCAGCAGCCGACAAAGUGUCAGAAUCUCUCGAGUAGCUGCCGCUGCCCUUAUUCCCCUAACGGGGGCGGUUUUCCCGAGUGGAGCUGCAGCCACUGCUCUCGAUCUCGACCCCACUGCAGUAAGGACGCGCCUCACUCUGAGUACGAGUACGUCGGCCCCUCGAUGAUGGGUGACUCACGCAAGAAUCACCGAUGCACCCUGUCGUCGUCGCUGCCUGUUGACGACAGCCCGUCUCGAAGCUACCUGGACGCGCGGCACCUCAAUGGCUUCUCCGAGGUGUCGCCGAGAAGCAAUCCGGGCCGCUCGGAGAACCUGGAGCACGGCGGCUCGAAGGACGCGCACGCCUUCCUGCGUAAUUCGAGCCAAGUGCUCGGCGAAAUCCAGUGUCAGCCGUGCGUCGGCGACGAGUUGGGCAAGGCGUCGCAGAUGCUCAAGGACUCGGCCGCCUCGCUCGACCAGGGCGUCAAUGGCUGGCCCGACAGACAACGCUACCGCCACGAGCUGGAGGCGGUGAGAUCGCAACUCCACUCGCUGAGGAACCACAGUGCCAUUUCGUUCAGCAAGCAACCCCAGGAGAGCAAGAGGAUGCGCCGCGAGGGCUGCAGUGCCGGCUCGCUGCCCAACGCCAACGCCGCCUCCGCAGCAGCCGUAGCUGCAGCAGAACUGCACGGAAAAAGGGCCAGGGAGCUCUCUCCUAGCUUUCUCGAAGACAUGAACAGUUCCGCAGAACACGAGUCCAGUGAUAUCGCGAUAGACGAGGAUUACGAGGACGAUGACUGCCAGACGCUGACCGACGAGUCAAGUUCAAGUGAAUCAGGCUCCAAUACUCCGUCAGUUGUCGGAGAUACCCUGGGCAGUAUUUCAUUAACCGAUUCAGUGCCGUCCAAGACCUCCAGUUGUAAUGGUCUGACGGCGUUAAGCAUCACCAGUAAAACAGCGCAAGGAAUGGAGUCGCCGCUGAGAACGAGUCUGUUCAGCAGUGUGCCGCCGUACGUGCGGUUCCAGUUGCCCGUCGAAGGAGCUCAAGGCGAAGAAGCCACCCUACCUCCCGAGGUCAGAAGACUUCUCAAGUGGAAACUCAGUCCAAUCACUCCUCUGGUCGUCAGAAGAACUCUGUUGAGAUCUAAUUUUAGACUUGUAAAGACUAGCAGCGACUGGUCGGGGACGUGGGGGAAGCACAUGAAGUCAGCCCUGUUCACAACCAUCAAGGACUACCAAAAAAUGAACCACUUCCCAGGCACGUUCCAGAUCGGCCGCAAGGACCGGCUGUGGCGCAAUUUGCAGCGACUCACAUCCAAAUUCGGGCAAAAAGAGUUCGGAUUCAUGCCAAAGACAUUCGUGCUACCUCAAGACCUGCGACUCCUCCGCCAGGCCUGGGAGAAGACCUGCGGCAACGAGAGAUGGAUCAUCAAACCGCCCGCGUCGGCGAGGGGAACGGGCAUUCGAGUCGUGCACAGGUGGUCGCAGAUCCCGAAAAAGAGGCCGCUCGUCGUGCAGAAGUACAUUGCCCAGCCUUACCUCAUCAACGGCAGUAAAUUCGACCUGAGACUCUACGUGUUUGUCACCAGCGUCGAUCCUCUCCGAAUAUACCUCUACGACGAUGGCCUAGUUCGGUUCGCUUCUGUGAAGUACUCAAACGAGAUGAGUAGCCUUGGUGACCGCUACAUGCACCUCACCAACUACAGCAUCAACAAGAACAGCGCGCAAUACAAGCAAAAUGAAGACGCUGAUGCCUGUCAAGGACACAAAUGGACUGUGAAGGCGCUUUGGGUGUACCUGUCUGAGCAAGGUGUGGACGUGACCAAGCUGUGGGCGCGGCUGGAGGAUCUGGUGGUGAAGACGAUAGUCAGCGGCGAGUCGUCGAUCGCCACCCUGAUCCGCGAGCACGUGUCGUCCCGCUACUGCUGCUACGAGCUCUUUGGCGUUGAUGUGCUGCUCGACGAGCACCUCAAUCCGUGGCUACUUGAGGUCAACAUCUCGCCGUCGCUCCACUCUUCUUCUCCUCUUGACCAGGCUGUGAAAGGACCAUUGGUGUGCAAUUUGCUCAACAUGGCAGGAUACCACAUUCCUCACAAGCUCCCAUCCUCCAUGCAGAAGGAUUUUCUGAAGACGUUAGCUCCCGAGGCGAAGACGCACCAACUGUGUUUGGACAAUCGCCUCUACUACGUCGGGCUGUCUCGUGACGAGGCUACAAAGCAACUUUAUUUUACCAAAGAGGCCUACCACCGAGAAGAUUUUCUGGGUCAAAUACUCCAAAACCUGACCGCCGAUGACGUUCGGCACCUGAUUCAAGCCGAGGACGAGCUCACCCAGGCGGGUGGAUUCAUCAGAAUUUUCCCGACGCCCUACUCGCACCGCUACCAUCAAUUUUUUGAAGGUCCUCGCUAUUACAACAUGCUCUUCGACGCCUGGGAAACGAGAUACCACUCCAACAGAUCGCCAGGAAUUUCGUUGCUGGAGGACUACUGCAAGGAAAAGUACCACCUGAACAUCCCGGCGCUGAGUGCUCGCGCCAAGUCGUCUGCCGAUCCGGACACUCCGACGGAGACAGCGGAGGGGAGCAGAGCAUCGCCAGUUCACUCCUCUGAAGAGUCAGACACCAGGCCCGAGAGAAUAUUCGCUCACAGUUUGUCGAGAGCGGCUCGUCCGAUGGCGCAACAGGCGUUGCUGAAGGCGAAGAAGCACCAUUUCCCAUGCUGGCGGCGGAGUUACUACUUCACCGCGCUGUCGUCGCGCUACCUGAAAGCGACCAGGGCCCGCCUCUUCAAGAUGACCAAGAGCAACUCGGCGUGACAUUCUCGCUGCUUGUAUAGUGAUUCUGGAUAAAAUUUCUUUUUUAAAAAAAAUAAUGUAUUCGGCCUGCGAUCAAUCAUACACACAAAAAAAAACACUCGAAUGUAAAGAAAAGGUGAUUUUAAUGUCAUUGUCCCGCAUAUUUUCAUCGUCUGAAUAAAAGUAUAGUCUUUCUUAAUAAACCGGAAA